AUGCAAAAUCUGGUGCCCAUGACCACAUCUACGUUAAUGCCAAUAUGCUCGAUCACGAAACAAAUGGUGUGCAUGAUCCUGAAAGAUCUGGAGCGCAACCCCACGCCUGAGAUGGUGAAGCGGGGCAACGUAUCUCGGCAGUUUUCGGACGCACUUCACCAAAUGCUCCAUCCCGACCUCACUACAAACACCGCACUUGAACUAGAGCAUCUAUGCCAUAACCAGUCUGGAAUUCGAGACUACUGGGCUAUGUCCAUGUUCUGGGGUGCGCAUCCUGAUGGUGUAUUUCGACUCGAAGAAGACGCCAAGAAGGCUCUGGAGAGGACAAAGUCCCUGCACUUUGAACCCGGGACACAGUACUCCUAUUGUAACUUGAACUUCUAUAUUCUCGCUCGACUUAUUGAGAACGUGAGUGGGCAAACGCUGAGCGCCCUACUUACCGAAAGGCUCUUCCUGCCGGCUCAGAUGAAAACGGCGCGCUUGUGUGCAGACAACGCUAAUCUUCCACCACCUUGUGUUGGGUAUGAAGGGACCGAGUCCUCUGGGUUCAUUCCAGCCAUCAAUCGCAUGCAAUGGUCUGGCGAUGCAGGGGUUGUCGCUUCCCUUAAGGACAUGAUUGCAUAUGAGCAUUAUUUACUGACUUGCUGGGAUGAAGAGAAAAGUGUGUAUCGGGCGAUCGCGCAACAGCAGUCGUUCAAGGAUGGCACAGUUGCACAAUAUGGAUACGGCCUCAAACAUGUUACUAUCAGAGGCAUGGCUACGAUCGGCCAUGGUGGUGCUCUUCGUGGAUUUCGUCUCCAUAGAAUCCAGGCUCCAUCAGAAAAGGUCGCAGUUGUGGUUAUGCUCAACCAUCAGGCUGAUGCAGAAGAGGCAGCCCAGGAUAUUAUGAAAAGUGUUCUGGACAUAUUUCCAAGCCAUGUUCCUCAAUCUGACCCUGUCAAUCCAUCCCCGGAUUGGUUUGGCACCUUUUACGACCCGGAUGCACAGCUGGUUGUUGAGAUUAGGCAUGGUGGUCAAGGCCAUGUAAUCGUUUCCUAUGCGGGCUCCGACGAAACAUUGAUCUGUGUUGGAGAGAACGAAGCCGGAUCGAAUAAUACGGUUGGCAUAAUCGAUGGUGGCAUACCCAAGCUCCGUCGCUUGGUAGACAAUCGUGUCCUCGAUGUCAAGCGUGUUGCUACUGGCUAUCCACCACAUAAAGACGAUUACCUCGGCGAAUAUUACUGUGCUGAAAUCGACUCCACCUUUCGUUGCAGUGGCGCAGGGGGUAUGUUAUAUGGGCAUUUUGAAGGAUACCUCGGUCAAGGACCACCUCACCUUAUGCGAUAUAUUGGGGAAGAUAUAUGGAUGCUUUCAUGUCCACGAGGCUUAGAUGCGCCGGCACCCGGGAACUGGACAGUAGUAUUCCAGCGCGCUGACCAUGGUGAUAUUACUAGUGUUACGAUUGGCUGUUGGCUAGCCAGGAAAGUUGUAUUUGUGAAACGGUAG